ACAGGCACGAGGAAACAAAAUAGAGUAAGAGAUGGUGACGCUGACAAAGAGAAACAGGCAGUCCAACAGUAGCUGCCAAAAGAAGGAAAAAUGGGGCAGAGAUGGUGGCACAUACUGAAGAAUAUCAUCCAGCAGCAGCUUCCACUCAAUUAUUGCUGUGUGUUGAUUGACCGAAGACCUCAUAAAUGGACAACACACUCCUUAAAUACUCAUCAAUGGUGUCCACGGAAUCACAUCCUCCAACCAAUACACAACACGCAAACACUAGGAAGCAAAAUGCCAUCUUCCUCAACACCAUUGUUGUACCUCUGCCUAAUGCUGGUGCUGUGCCUUCUUCUCUUGCAAGAAGCGCAUGCAGCGCGCCAUGGAGGGAUCUCACUGAGGUCUCAACGCAUGGCCCUCCUCCACUGGAAAGCUACACUUGCAAACCCACCGCUGCGCAUGAGCUCUUGGCAAGAAAACACCAGCCCAUGCAACUGGACGGGCAUCAUGUGCACGGCUGUUCGCCAUGGCCGUCGUAUGCCCUGGGUGGUGACCAAUAUCUCCCUGCCAGACGCUGGCAUCCGCGGACAGCUUGGUGAGCUCAACUUCUCGGCUCUUCCAUUCCUCGCAUAUAUCAACCUUCAAAACAACAGUCUCCAUGGUGCACUACCCACUAGUAUCACCUCCCUGUCAGCACUUUCAGCACUUGACCUUAGCUUCAACCAGCUCAAAGGGAAAAUUCCUAGUGAGAUUGGUGGCCUGCAAAGUCUCAGGGUGCUUGAGCUCUCAUCUAAUAGACUCACAGGACAUAUUCCUGCAUCUCUGGGCAACCUCACAAUGUUAAAUAUUCUUGCCAUUCACCAAACCAUGGUAUCAGGUCCCAUUCCUGAGGAGAUUGGAAUGCUUGUCAACCUACAAGGUCUGCAGCUAAGCAACAGCAGCUUAAGCGGCAUGAUACCAAAAACCCUUGGAAAUCUGACCCAACUAAAUGAUUUGUACCUGUUUGGUAAUCAACUUUCAGGGCCUAUACCCCAAGAACUAGGCAGGCUAGUCCAUUUGCAUGGUCUUGCGCUUAAUUCAAAUGAUUUGUCAGGUCCAAUUCCAAUCUCCAUAACCAAUCUCACUAAGAUGAACCAACUUUUUCUCUUUGAAAAUCAAAUCACAGGUUCAAUACCCCCAGAACUAGGCAAACUCGCUAAGCUAAACCUACUUGUUCUCUAUGAAAAUCAGAUCACAGGUCCAAUACCCCCAGAAAUAGGAAAUCUUAAGAUGCUAAACCAACUUAUGCUCUACCAAAAUCAAAUCAUAGGCUCAAUACCCCCUGAACUAGGCAACAUCACUAUGCUCAAUGUAAUUUCUCUCAAUACAAAUAAAAUCACAGGCCCAAUACCUUCAGAAUUGGGCUACUUACUGAAUCUCCAGAAUUUAGAGUUGUUCGACAACCAAAUAUCUGGCACUAUUCCUGGGAGCCUAGGAAAUAUUACCAAGCUAGUAGCACUAUCCCUCUAUGGAAAUCAGAUAACCGGCUCCAUCCCUGAAGAGAUUGGCAAUCUGAUGAACCUCGCAUAUUUAUACUUGAAUGAGAACCAAAUAUCAGGAUCAAUACCUAAAACUUUUGGGAAGUUGCACAACAUCCAAGAAAUGCGAAUCUUCAAUAACAAUUUAUCAGGUGAUCUUCCUCAAGAAUUUGGAUAUCUCAUAAACAUUGUUGUGCUUGAGCUAGCUAACAACUCACUUUCAGGACCUUUACCCGCAAAUAUAUGUUCAGGUGCCGGACUUCAAACUCUCAAUGUCGCGUAUAAUAUGUUCAAUGGCCCCAUUCCAAGUAGUUUAAAGACAUGUUCAAGUUUAGUUGAAAUUGACCUUGAGUCAAACCAACUGACAGGAGAUAUAUCUCAGCAUUUUGGUGUUUAUCCACAACUCACAGUGAUGAAUUUGGCAUCGAAUAGACUCUCUGGGCUGAUAUCAUCCAAUCUAGGUGCAUCUACUCAAUUAGUGGCACUACAUCUAGCACAAAAUAUGAUCACGGGUCCCAUACCUACAAUCCUUUCUAAAUUGUCCAACCUAGAAAAACUAAGACUUGACUCUAAUCAUCUCAGUGGUGAGAUUCCACCAGAAAUCUGCAGUUUAACUCAUCUAUAUAUACUAAACUUAUCAUUCAACCAAUUAUCCGGGCCCAUACCUACACAGAUAGAAAAGCUGAGCAGUCUAGGAUACCUUGAUAUAUCUGGGAACAUGUUAAGUGGAUCAAUACCUGAGGAACUAGGGGCCUGCAUAAGAAUACAGUCCUUGAAGAUCAACAACAACAACUUCAAUGGGAGUUUGCCCAGUGAGAUUGGAAAUUUAGCAGGCCUGCAGAUCAAGUUAGAUGUGAGCAAAAAUAACCUCAGUGGUGUGUUACCGCAGCAACUUGGGAAGUUGCUGAUGCUACAACUUCUGAAUUUAUCACAUAAUCAGUUCAGUGGCAGCAUUCCAUCCUCCUUUGCAAGCAUGGUGAGCCUUUCAAUGCUUGAUGUGUCCUACAACGACUUGGAUGGACCGGUCCCUUCAGCACGGCUACUCCAAAAUGCUUCAGCGAGUUGGUUUCUUCCCAAUAAAGGUCUGUGUGGUAACUUCUCUGGUCUGCCACCUUGUUAUUCAACCCCAGUAGCUGCUCACAAAAAGGGGAAGAUACUUGGUUUGCUUUUGCCAAUUGUUCUUGUGAUGGGUUUCGUCAUUGUUGCUGCAAUUGUUGUCAUAAUAAUACUUACUCGUAAGAAGAGAAAUCCACAAGAAAGUGUUACCUCUGAAGCAAGGGACCUAUUCUCUGUUUGGAAUUUUGACGGAAGACUAGUAUUUGACGAUAUUGUAAGGGCAACAGAAGACUUUGAUGAUAAGUACAACAUUGGAACCGGAGGAUACGGCAAAGUCUACAAGGCACAACUCCAAGAUGGGCAGUUGGUUGCUGUGAAGAAGCUUCAUCAGACCGAAGAAGAGUUGGAUGAUGAAAGAAGAUUUCGUAGUGAAAUGGAAAUCUUAACACAGAUCCGACAACGAAGCAUUGUCAGAAUGUAUGGAUUCUGCUCCCAUCCAGUGUAUAAAUUUCUCGUCUAUGACUACAUUCAACAGGGAAACCUCCACAGAAUAUUGGAAAAUCAAGAGCUAGCAAAGGAAUUAGAUUGGAACAAGAGAAUUGCUCUUGCAACAGAUGUGGCUCAAGCAAUAUCUUAUUUGCACCACGAAUGCAGUCCACCUAUAAUCCAUCGAGAUAUCACAAGCAACAACAUUUUACUUGAUACAUCCUUUAAGGCUUUUGUCUCGGAUUUCGGCACGGCAAGGAUUCUUAAGCCCGAUUCAUCAAACUGGAGUGCACUAGCAGGAACGUAUGGCUACAUCGCUCCUGAACUAUCAUACACAUCUGUUGCGACAGAGAAAUGUGAUGUUUAUAGCUUUGGGGUGGUUGUGUUAGAGCUAGUGAUGGGCAAGCAUCCAAGGGAUUUAUUAGAUGGUAGUCUUUCUAACGGCGAACAGUCAAUGAUGGUGAAAGAUAUUCUGGACCAACGGCCAACACCACCAAUAUCAACUGAAGAGAAUAGCUUAGCUCUGGUCAUCAAGCUGGCCUUAUCAUGUUUGGAAUCUUCUCCCCAAGCAAGGCCAACCAUGCGGGAGGCAUACCAAACACUCAUCCAGCCAUCUUCUAGUUCAACUGCCGUGCCUUUCAGCGCACUUACAUUACAGCAAGGGAUGCAUGUUGACAUAAGGUCUGAAUCCUAGUGAGAAACCAGAGUCUACCGAAGCAGAGGCCAAUUCAGAUUUCUAAUUUUGUUUACUUAUACAUCACUCAUACACCACCUAUAUAUACCUCUUGCCAUAUGACUUGCCAUGCCACACAGGAUGAGUUGAAGACUCAUUGUAAGUCUAUGUAUUUGUAGACUCUCCUGAUACAACAAAGAUCACCAUUGUGUGCCCGUGGUUUUUCCUGCAAGGGUUUCCCACGUAAAAAUGUGUGUCUUGUCC